GGGCCCCCUCCCAACCAGCCUCCACCCCCACCGCUGCGGGGUGCCAGGGGGCUGCAGCCUCCCGCAGCCCCACCGCCGCCCCCUGAGGAGACGGCCUUCCUGGCCGUGCUCAUCACGAGCGGCCCCAAAUACACUGAGCGCCGCAGCAUCAUCCGCAGCACGUGGCUAUCGGCCGCCGGGCGCCCUCCUCACGAAGACAUCUGGAGUCGCUUUGUGAUUGGCACAGGUGGGCUUGGGGCAGAGGAGCUUCGUAGCCUGGAGCUAGAGCAGAGCCGUCACCGAGACCUCCUCCUUCUGCCAGAACUGCGGGACUCCUAUGAGAACCUGACUGCCAAAGUCCUGGCCACAUAUGUGUGGCUGGAUCUGCACGUGGAUUUCCAGUUUGCCCUGAAGGCUGACGAUGAUACCUUUGUACGCUUGGAUGUGCUUGUGGAAGAGCUGAGGGCCAAGGAGUCGCAUCGCCUCUAUUGGGGCUUUUUUUCUGGCCGUGGUCGAGUGAAAGCUGGUGGCAAAUGGAAAGAGAGUGCUUGGGUCCUCUGUGACUACUAUCUACCAUAUGCCCUGGGCGGUGGUUACGUGCUUUCUGCAGAUCUGGUGCACUACUUGCGUCUCAGCCGAGACUACUUGAACAUGUGGCAGAGUGAAGAUGUCUCCCUGGGGGUCUGGCUAGCUCCCAUUGAUGUGAAGAGAGUGCACGACCCUCGUUUUGAUACUGAAUAUAAGUCACGAGGUUGCAACAAUAAGUACAUAGUAACUCAUAAGCAAAGCAUCGAAGACAUGCUGGAAAAGCAUCAGACCCUUGCUAAAGAAGGGAAGCUCUGUAAGGAGGAGGUUAAGCUCAGGCUUUCUUACCUGUAUGACUGGGGAGUGCCUCCUUCGCAGUGUUGCCAAAGGAAGGAUGGCAUCCCGUGAAAGGCUGAGAAAGGAAAAGGCAAAUUGUUAAAGGACUCUCAGAGCUUGGUUACUGUCAUGAGGACGACCCCAGCAAUUUGGGCUUAAAAAUUACUCAAAAGAUUUGCACGAUUCAUGAUGUCACAAUCAAUGUAACCCUGCAGCUCCUGAUGUGGCACGAUGUACAGAUGUAAAAAACAAAAAUAGAAGGCAAAAAACAUGGAGAGGCUCACACUACAGGACUGAAGGCAAAGAAUAGGUUGCAAAAUACAGAUAGAAUAAAAAAUUGGGGGGAGAUAACUUGGAUGCAAAGCUGCUGGAAGAUCUUUAACAGAUUCCAAGAUUUAUUUGCUAAAGAUCAUAGCAGGCCUUUGCACCAUCUACAAGAUUAGGAAGCUAACAUCUUCCAUUUCUUUCUUUGCAAGGAACAAAUGUCGGUGUGGCAAGGUUUGAAGACUGUAACGGGACAGCAAAUCAGUUGCUAUUGCCAGUGGGAACAGGUGGCUGGUUAUACACAUAAGCAUCCAAGUAAAGGGAACAGCUUUGCAUGGGGCAUUCAAGUUAGGGGAGGGAGAAAGCCUGUUCUUUGGAGAGUUGUCUGACCUACAAGAACAGCGUUAUUAGACUGUUUGGGUAACUUGUCUCUAUUUUUUGUUGUUGUUUUAAGGACAUCGUGUAUAAAUUAUCUGGCAGCUACAGAGUAAGUCUGUAUUUAGACAGGUGGGUGGGUUAUGGUAUUUUGCAGAAACAGAGUAUAUUAUCUUCAUUUGGGAGCAAGUAUUUACAGUACAAAGCUGGCCUUCAGUUAUUAAGCAUAAGUUUUUGCUCUGAGCCUAUCCUCCAAACAUAUUGCCUAUGAAGAAACAUUUUUCUUUUUUAAACAGUAAAUAAUCCUACUGACUACUAUAUGGUCAGAUGUUGUAGACUUAUAGAUUUAUUUUGUUUUGGAUUACUUCCGUAAAUACAAGUUAGCAAGGUUAGACCAGUGGUUUAGACCAGAGGGUAUUCAAUUUCAAAUGUGACCAUCCCAACUUGUGGACCUCAGCUAAGAAAACGAACUCCUUGUCUAGUCAAGAGCGAGAAAUAGAUUGCCCUGAUUGUCGUAUGGAGGGAGAUAGCUACUUCCCCCCCCCCCCAAAUCACUGUUUGAAGAUGAUGUUGUCUCUCUUUUCCGUAGCUACACGGGGAUCUAAGGACACUAAUCUCCCUGUUGUCACCUUCAGAUGUCCAAAGUUAGGUUCUGUGGAUGCCCUCCUUCUCCCCAAUAGCAUCCGAUAGUGGAACUAGAGAUAAUUUUAUUAAUAACUUGAUACUUAGUUUUAGAAAAAAAUGUCUAAAUUAAUUGCUGAAGUGAUACCUCAGUGAAAUGGGAUUAUUUCCCCUAGUCCUGUCUAUACUGCAAAUAAUUCUAGUGCUGACAGAGCGUGUCAGUAUCAGUUGCAGUACUGACCAGUAAAUGCAGACAGGAGAUUCUUGGCUGUAGAACAACUUACACAAUUUCAACAUGUUAUUUCUCUGCAAACUCUUAGGUAAGCCUGUAGCGCAAACACUUCUGAACAGCACUGCUGAUGUUGUCAUACACAGAAGUACUUUUUUCCAGCACUAGUACAGAGCUACUUACCUCUGAUAAUGUUUAUUAGCUACAGAUCUUUCAGUAUAAGCAGUGUUUUUACUUUUAUGCCUGAAGGGAACGUUUUUAGUGAUCAAUUUUACCGUUUGUUGCACAGCGCACUUUCAUACGACUUCUUGAAUUUCCUUCUCUCCCUGGGCCAGUGUCUCUUUCUCACUUGCAGAAGAGACAAAAAAGAAAAAAAGGUGCUGAUAUAUUUAUAUUUUUGCUUCUAAGAUCUGCAAGUUAGCAAUUUAUGCCAAAGGAAUCAAGUAUAGUUUUUUGUUUGGUAAUCUCCUCUGGUUUUGAUUAACUUAGUGAGGAUUAAGAAUGUCUUCUGGAGCAGAUGAUAGUUCUCUACUUUGAAAAUUUGAAUAAAAUCUUCAACUUCCUUCUAAAAAAGAAAGUUAGCAAAUUAAGAUACUGAAAAACAAGUUUUAUUUUAGCAUGUGUAUAAUGUGUAUAAUAAUGCGUGUUCAUGUAUUGACAGAUAGGCAGAUGUGCUGUUCAGCAAGGUGUAUUAUUCUAAAACAUGAAGUUAAUAUUUAACAAGAUUACAAUAAAUUUAAAUUGGUUUUAGCAUUGUAAAAAUAUCUACUUGCUAUAUUGGGUAAACUAGUAUUUUGUAUAUAUGUGAUUAAGUGCUUGUAAUUGUGAGUAUUUAUUUGUAAGUAUUGAAAAUGUAUUAUGUAUAGUAAAAAUAAGAUUGCUAAAUGUCAUAUUUUAAAUUUAAGGAAGUGCUUUAAAGUCCAUGAGAACUAUGUAUCAAGCAAUGCUUGAAUUCAGUGGUGUAUAGUCCAAUAUUUAAAGUAUUGGGAUCUGAGUUGCAGAUCGAAAGUCUGCCUGCGUGUCUCAAGCUAGUAAUACUGAUCAUCCAUUUAUAUCAAUAACUGUGCCUAUGGAAGUAGUUUACAUUAUUGACUUUAGUUAAUUCUUCCCUCCCCACAAAUGUUUCUUAAUUAGUAACAUUAGCAGAGGAGAAAAGUUGAAUCUCUGUCUGAGAUGUGGCCCACGGGAAACAUGAUGCACACAAAUAGCUAAUAGUUAAGAAAU